AGGACAGCGGAAGCGGAUAUGGGGGAUCGAAAGAAAGAAGUGAAAACUGGCAAGAAGAAGAAGACCAUUAAUUGGCCUGUUAUCAAACCUAAAUCUGAUCUCCGAAUCACCCGUCUUAAAGAUAACGAUCUUUUUACUGUACAUAAUUUUUUAACAGCCGAUGAAUCAAAAGCAUUCGUAAAAGUUGCAGAGUCGAUUGGGUUUGUCCACCAAGGAAGUCUUGGCCCCACAUAUGGUGAAGCUUAUAGAGACAAUGAUCGUAUUGCUGUAAAUGAUCCUGUUCUUUCUGAUGUAUUAUGGGAAUCUGGUGGACUUAGUAACCUAUUUGCUCAACUUACUAUUCGGGGCAAAGUCGCCAUUGGUUUAAAUCCAAAUAUUAGACUUUACAGGUACAAGGUUGGUCAACGUUUUGGUCGACAUAUUGAUGAAAGUGUCGAUCUUGGAGAAGGAAAGCAUACCCAUUAUACUUUGCUAAUAUAUCUAAAUGGCGAUGGUGGGUACAAAUCAAAAUCUGAUGCGAACGGUUCACAUGGCUCUGCUGAACCUCUGGUCGGAGGUGAAACUGUCUUUUAUGGACCAAGGAAUAGCCUUGUAGCUGAAGUGACUCCCACUCAAGGAAUGGCCCUCUUCCAUAUUCAUGGAGCCAAGUGUAUGUUACAUGAAUCACGCAAUGUUACAAAAGGUGUCAAGUAUAUUUUAAGAUCAGAUGUAGCUUUUGCAUGAUGACUUCCUAGCAGGAUUCUGACUUCAGAUGUCUUAUGUGCAUUUGGAUGCACUGAAGGAGCACAGUCAAACUAUAAAGGUCAGUUAAACAGCUAUGUACUAUCUAUCUUUGAUAAUCAAUAUUGCCAUUUGCAUCAUACUUGGAGUGUAAUGAGUAUAAUGAAUACACUUUUUAUUUGUCAAGCAUCCAUUCUUAUUUUUGUUA